CAUAAGGACCUUUUCGACGUUAUCGAAUUGAUCAAGUCAAACUCGAACACGUCCCGAUCGGAGCUCACUCGCGCCUAUUUCGCCACUCGAACAGACAGUAGAGGGGGGGUCCCAGAUGCGUUCGAUCAGCAUCGAGCGUUCAAUCUUGCUGUAUCUGUUUUGUGCAUGGUCAACUGUACCGUUUCGAACCUGUCAUUUGACGUACCUAGUUCGGAAAACGUACCUUGUCCAUGGAGAGAGGAGCUCCCAUUCAGUCAGUUCAUCUCGGAAGCUUUCCCAACAAGCGACCACCCAUACUUCGGCACGGGGGAAUCAAUGGCAAAAUCGGCGGAUAUUGCAAUCGCUGCAAAGUGUCUGCAAAAGUGGGCCAGGCUUCGUUUUGAAGCCACGAGUGAUUUAAGGAAUCACCUGAGGCUGGACCAAAGGAAAGGAGUAGUGCAGAUAUUCCACCACACGUCGGUGCUUAAAGAGAACUUGUUGGUGAGUCUGGAGAAUGCUAGGGGAAAUAUACCGCGAGCGCUGGCAUUGGAAACUCUGGACACAAUCCACAAGAUCCUAUUCCCUCCCGAUCCGAAGUCUCACGCUCUUCUCGCGACGCUCGUCUCGCGGCACGGCUUCGAUGACGACUGUCUGCGCUACGAAUUCGCUCAAUACCGAAGAGACGACGAAAGCGAAGGCUCGUACGCCUACUUCGGCGCACGGCUAGCCGAGCUGUACGAUGAGGUUCAGAAUCCGACACCUAGAGGGCGGUUCCACGUCUGGCUCGAAAGACGAAGCGGAGCGAGGUACAUGAUGAUGGCGACAAUGAUAGGCGUCUUCAUAGCCAUUAUUAUCGGCAUACUGGGCCUGGGUGUCGCAUCAUUCCAAGCUUGGAUCUCGUAUCAGCAAUGGAAGCAUCCUGUGAGUAGUGGGACCAGGUAG